AUGCCGAUCACUUUGCCACGAAGCCGCAGGGAGGAGGUGACUGUUCCGGCGAUGGAAAGGCUGGCUCCUGUUCACUGUCCACUCCGUGCGGAGACUGACACCCCCGAUAUUCAUGGGAAUCGACGGCUCGCUCGGCAUGGCCUUGGGGCGGCGAAUCGAUGGGGUAUAACCCCCGACCAGCUAGUCAAAGCCGACUGGGGAUGGACGCGAUGGCGAUGGCUUCCUCAUCCUGCCCCCGUGACACCCUAUUCCGUUAGUCACCAGCUCCGAAUCCUGAAGCCGCCCAAGGCAGGGAUCAGCUCAAGUUUCCGCACCUGGAGGAGAUCUACCAACUCUUUUAUUGAUGUACUAUCAAAAUCGAGAGAGGGUGAUACAGAUGUAACCCAGAUGAAGAAGUCAAGAUAUUUAAGCCAUUACGACACGUCCUUUGUGCCAGGUUGGGCAAGGGAUUUGGAAAGCGACGUUCAAAUAAUGAGAGAGAGAUUCAAUGAGGUGAUCACCAGGCUGCGUGAAGAGAAAGAAGUUGGAAAAGACGGGAGGCCAACAUCAUCAAGAGUCCUCAACAACUGGUUAAACACGGCGCGCAGGGUACAGGUACCUGGGACUGGAAACACAGUGGUCUCAGGGACAACAUCAUCAAUAUCACCUGGAAUGAGAACGACACCGGUACCAGGGAGGCAACAUCACGAACCUAGGACCCCCUCGGAUCAAACAGACCCAGACCCAUCGAACCCUGAGCAAGAUGAGUCGAGUACAACACUUGUUGAAUCGCCUAAUGCGGAGCCGCCGUUGCAACUGGUGCUUCGAGCGAUAAGAAAUGAGCUUGUACUCAUCAAGGAUGCCUAUCAGGAUUUAAAUGACGAAUUCACAAGGUACCACAGAUUGGCAACUCAGGGUGGACAUCAGCGAGGCCAGGAAUCCGAGAGUGAGGAAUCUAACGAGAAACCUCAGGCUCCUCAACCGCCUGGUCAGGCAUUGGGGCCAACAACACCAGCAGUAACAAGCCAAACAGACCAAAUCCUACCGCCAUUGGCGCAGUCGAUGACGUGGAGGAACAAACAUCUAGAACCACAGAAGGCCAAGUGUGAACAACAAGCAAAGCGACAACAACGAGUAAUUGACCACUUACUUGACCGAGUAAAAGCACUAAGUAGAGAAAAGAGCCCCAAUGACACCAACAGCAUACUACCCAACAACUCGGCCGACACCAGCAUGACCACGGCUGCGUCUCCGCUUCAGACAGCCAGUCAAGCCAACACAAAUGCUCCUGGCACACAACCUUUGACUGGUCAACCAGGAGGAAGUGCUGCAAUUGGUAAAGUGGUGGAGGAAAAGAUGCGGCAGUUUCUCGGCAUAACUGCCACCACAGCUCAAGCUCAGGAUGCAAACGUUGCCUCAACGGGUCAGGUCCAAGCUUCAAAUACUGCCCCAACAAGCGUACAUGUAGAGACUGCUGCCGGGAGCACCGCCACUAGCACCAAUACACCUCCCCAAGGAACUGCAGCCCAAGAUCCAGACAUUACACAAGCACUCGCUAUCCUUGCACAGGCCCUCUCCAUCACUGCUAUCAAGGUACCUGUCACUGGAACCGCUCCUAAUGACACAGCCUCCGCCGGAAUCAUCGCCGCUGCCCAAGAUCCAAACACAACCCGGGCUCUUGCUAUCAUCAGAAAUGCCCUUGCUGCCACUGGUACUGGCGCACCUCCCACACCAACAGCAACCACCACGCAGACCGUUUCCACCGGCACCGACGCACCUUCCCACGCAGUAGUAGACGCAACAACCAACACUGAAGAUCCAAAGACACCGCCUCCUACCACCGAAAGGGUCAUCGUCAGGGGUCAAGAGCAAAUCCACGCCCUCUUCCGCUCUCUGAGGCUUCAAACCAGGCAGUUCAGCUACAGCGCCGCCUUCCAGCUCGACAGCCCUAUGUUGCUCGAUACAGACUUCCAAAAAAAGAACAGGGAGAAGCCGUUUUGUCCACCUGAGCUUUGGGAAAGGCUGAACCGCGAUCAGAGAGCCAAUCGGAUAUGCCAGUUGAUUUUCAUGUGGCUGUGGCGCCAGAUACUUCGACCGGGUGUGGAGAGUUUUGGUGUGAAGCCUAUGACUGCUGAGCUGGAGAGUUCAGAGAGGGGGUCGCAGGAGGAAAUAGCGACCCCUUUUCAGAGGUUGAGUCGAGCCAUCGCCCCACUUGGGGAUAAGAUUUUUCGGACGCUGAGUCCGGUGAUUCAGUUCGAGUUUGCUCGAAACGAACACCUUGUUCGGAGGCGGAUUUGGAAGCUGUGCCAUGAUGCUGCACUGUUGAAGAUGAUGUUCCGGGAGGGGCCUGGGAAGCAAAUGAGGGUUGAGGUACCGGGGGCCCAUGGGGACCAGACGGCUGAAAACAAAUGGAUGGAGCGGGGAUUUGACGACUUGACCCAUGCUCUUCCCUUCCAGCACUGGGUUCGUGUUAUAAACCUGGAGACGUCCACGGGGAAGAGGGCAAUCUUGUGUGUUCCGUUUGGAGCGCUGACGAUGGUGGAAGAUGGGAAGAAGGUAGUUUUGGAAAGGGCUUGGAUAGUUGGAAAUUCUAAUGAAGGUUCUGGCCUGUUCGUGCUGCAACGGAAGAGUCCCGAAGAAGUAGAAAGAACAGGUCCAGGAACCGAGCACGAAGAACCAAACGAAUCAGAUAGCGGCGAGACAGAAGACCGUGAUGAGACAGAAGACGCUUGCGAGACAGAACACACUGGCGAUAAGGAGAUGCCUGGCGAAACAGCAAAACCUGUCGAGACAGAAACAAUUCGUGAAGGCCCGAAGCCUGAUGAGCGGCAGAAGCCCACCAACAUCACCCAACAGUCCGAGGUCAUUGUUAUUUCACGCGAGGACGCCGAUGGCGAUGAGUCCGAGUCGGAGUCAGAACACGAUGACCUCAUGAGGGACCCGACGUGGCGACCAACUGGCUCAACUGGCCAAAGCCAGUCGGGAGAACAUUACAAGCGACCCGUUAUACAGCUCAUCCCGCCAGACGCCAUCCUGGACGCUCUUCGUAGGCUGCCACCCUCAACUUUGACUGCAACUGAUGUGCCAUCACAGCCAACUUCAACAACGUCAACAGAUCCUGUACCGACAACGACAUCAGCAGCGAUACCCUGGACAAGUUCAACAGCCCCUGGUCGAGACGCAGACGUAGAUGGCCAGAACAAGAAGAAGAAAAGAAAAAGGCCGAGGAUGGAACGCGACCCGGAUUGGGUCCCCGGUCAAACCGAUGGGGAGAACGAGCCAAGUACUCGGAGAAGAUAA